AUGGCAACUGCUCAGAAGCAAAGGAGCUGCGCGAGUGCGGUUGUAUUCCCUACCAAAAUAUCCACUGAGCAGCAGUCCCUGAUGCUGGUGAAGAGGCUCCUGGCGGUAGCAGUGUCCUGCAUUACAUACCUGAGAGGAAUCUUUCCUGAAAGUGCCUAUAGAACAAGAUACAUGGAUGAUGUCUGUGUCAAAAUCCUGAGGGAAGACAAGAACUGUCCUGGCUCCACGCAGCUGGUGAAAUGGAUGUUAGGAUGCUACGAUGCCUUGCAGAAGAAAUACCUCAGAAUGAUUGUCCUGGCAGUCUAUACCCAUCCAGAAGAUCCUCAGACAAUCACAGAGUGUUACCACUUCAAGUUCAAGUACACCCACAAGGGGCCCCUCCUGGACUUCAGCAGUAAGGACAUAAGGAAUAACUCCACCAUCACCUGUGCAGACACCAAGAAAGCCAGCAUCCUCCUCAUCCGCAAGAUCUACGUUCUGAUGCAGAACCUGAGCCCCUUACCAAAUGAUGUUUGCCUGACCAUGAAGCUGUUCUACUACGAUGAAGUUACACCAUCUGAUUACCAACCCCCUGGGUUUAAGGAGGGUGAAUGCGAGGGGAUGAUAUUUGAAGGGGAGCCCAUGUAUCUGAACGUGGGUGAAGUGCCAACACCUUUUCACAUGCUGAAAGUUAAAGUGACGACUGAAAAACAACGGAUGGAAAAUGUUGAUAAAAGCAUCCUGAAGAGUGGGGAGACAAACGUGCCUCUCCAGGUGAUCCGAGUGGACAGGGAUGAUCCAGAAGAGGAGAACCACGACAUGAAUGAAAAUCCCAGCCUGGCUGACAAAGGGGAAGACAGGAAUAAUGUGAAGAUUUCAGAAGCUCAAGAACGACACUUAACUGGUGAGGAAGAUGGAGUUACAAAGGCUGGAGGGAACCAGAAUCUGUGUGUUUCUAAUCCUCAGGUGGAUCAUUUGGCAAGUAAAACAUCUCAACUUAAUGUGUCAGAGAGCAGGACAAGGAGUGGGAAGAUAUUCCAGACCAGCACUGUUCAUCACUUUGAGCUCUCGUCCAGUCAAGAUGUGCUGCCAAAAAGGAGGAAGAUCAGUGAACCCAAGGAGCGGUUCUAG